AUGGCUCAACCUAUCAUCAUCGACUCUAACGUGGGGAAUUCGACAAGUGGUGAAGUAAAGACCUAUUGGAGUUUACCUAAUACCAUUGAACCUGUAGAAGUAUUACCUGACCGUUAUACGAAAUCUUCACAGCUUUUACCGGAUAACAUGAAAGGUAAAGAAUCGGAUCCUGGUAGAAUGGGAAUUUAUGUUUGUUUACUUGAUGAUAAACCACAUCUACAUCCAUCACUUUCUGCACUUCAUAAACAUCGUUACAACAUUCACAGGAUACCAAUACCGCCUGAUCCUACGAAUGAUCUGCCCAUAGCUCAACCUCAACUUCAACCUAAACCUAAACCUGAUUCUUUAUCAUCUUCAGUAGAUGAGAUGGGUGAUUCAGGAGUAACAGAUCCAAGUGGGGAUAUACAAAUGUCUCCUCCUCCUCCUCUUCCGUCAUUCGUGAUAAAUCAAGACGUAUCGACGAGUGGAAUGGAGAAUCGAGCGGAAUGGUUCAUGUGGAAAUUCUCUGAAGAAGAGCUUUUAAGAAGGAAAAGUUAUUUACCUCUUGCUUAA